AUGCAUGCACAGCGGGGGCCCCACUGGGUACUGCUGCUGUUCGUGCUGCUGCUCCUGCACCCGCAGCAGCAGCAGCAGCAGCAGCAGCAGCAGCUCGUUUCUGGCUUUUUGCUGCCAGCAGUGCCCCCCGCUGUCUGCAGCUCUCGGGGCUCUGCAGCGUGUUGGGGCCCCGCAGGCCGCUUCCCCGGGGGUCCCCCCCCCGGGGGGCCCCCCCCGCCCUGGGGGGCCCCCUGGCCAAGCUCCCCGGGGGCCCCGGGGGCCCCGGGGGCCCCGGGGGGCCCCGGGGGGCCCCCCCGGGGGGCCCCCCGGAAAGGGUACCGGGGGGCCCCCCGGGGGCCCCUGGGGGCCCUUCUGAACUCGCCGGCGCAGGCGAAACUGGCGGCCCUGGGGGACGGGAAAAGCCGCAGCGGGGAAUAUUUGGUGGCGGAAAUUGGGGGGAGAAAAAGGUGGCUGGAAAGGGGGCGUUUUUAUGAUGUGAAUCUGCUGCAGCAAAAGGAGGGGGGGCUGCUGCUGCUGCUGCGCGUGCUGCUGCUGCAGCAGCAGGACGGCACGCUUCUCCUCGGCCAGCCCUUUCUCGAGCACAUUCGGGUGUGGGCGACGGUGGUGAAGCACUUCCGGGGCCCGAAGCUGCACCUGGGGAAGCAGCGGCCGAAGAAGUGGCGGAAAGUGUGGGGCCAUCGCCAGGCCCAAACUCGAAUUCGAAUUGACAAAAUUGAAGACACAAAAGAGACUUUGCUGCUGCCAAACGCCCUCCAAGACCCCCUCCUCGCAGCCCUCCUCGCGGUGCGGCGCGCGGAGAAGCCGAGUCGGGUGCUGCCGCAGUACAAGAAGCUGGGGCUGCAGGCAGCAGACCGGAAGGAGCUGCUGCUGCUGGGCGAAGACCCUUUGGCUCUUUUUGACCCCAAAAUGAAUCAAUUUGCUGCUGACAGAUUAGCAGCAGGACACUCCGACGUUUUGCCCAUUCUCGGCGAGGGGCUGCAGCCCCAGCCGCAGCAGCAGCUGCUGCGCCUCCUCCAGCCCCGAAGGCACUAG